AGAGGUGCAAUAUCGGUCGCAGCUGUAUUUUUAUAUCUAAAGAUGGUUUACUUUGGAUGACAAUAGAACCGUUGUUUAGUCGUCAUGGUGAAGUGUCAGUAGGUUCCCAGUUUGAGUUCAGAGUCUAAAAAAAACAAACUGAGGAAGCUGCUCAGUUCUCUGCAGACAGCCAACUGACAGGAAGGAAGGAACAACUACCACGCUGCAACUCGACAAACACUUCUUGCCACUUUUAUCUUCAAUUCCUCUUCAAAAAGCUUCAACACCUUUCGUUCUCGUGGCUUUAUGGAAAUAUAAACUACAUGCUGACAGAAAGGGGGAACUAGAGCUUAGCAGCACCACCCCCUCCCUCCUCGUCUCCAGCUCACAAUAUCCUCUUUUGGACCCAACCAGCCCCUGUUUUUAUGUUAUCUCUUUGGUUUUAGUGUGGCACACACACACACACACACACACACACACACACAUAUACACACACAAACCCAGUGGGGAUGACUGUCUGGGCAGAUGGUGCUCAGUGUGUGGACUAGAAGCUGAGACAGGCGGAGAGAGACAGACUCCUCGUCCAUCAUGGGAUGCUGCAGUGUGACCCAGAGGCAUACUGGAGUGGACGAGGUUGGCCCUGAUGAGAUCGAGCUCCUGGAACUCUCUGGAGACAAUUUAGGGGUGUGGAGUCUGGGAGAGACCAGGCUUCAGCUGUCAGUGAGGAGCAGCAGAGAUGAGCAGCAGCCACCACCACCACCGCGCUACCCUUCAGUACGACACCUGGAACAAGAGGUGGUGCUGUGGGGCAGGAGCAGAGAUGAGUUGCACCACAGGAUUUACUCCCACCAGCCAAUCAGAGAGUGGGAGGGCCAACCUGCCCACAUGUAUGGAGAGAUCAUCCACUCCUCCCUGGUGUCUCUCUAUAACAGCUACACACAGGUAACACUGAGCUGUACAUGGGGGUCAGGUGGGAGUGAUGAGGAAACCAGUGAACACUUCCUUGUGUUGUUUUCUUUCCACCUGCUGAUCCUCUCUCUGGACCACUCUCGACAAGACUUUAUUUAUGAGGGCAUCCUUCCCCUUUCCGGACUUUCCUUGCAAGUCGUCUCCUUGGACCCUGACACGUCACGUUCACCACACAUGUUUGAGAUCAGUAGUCCAAUGGUGGACUCCAAGAUCUUCAUAUGUUCCAGUGCUGGAGAGUUACAGAAGUGGAUGCAACACAUAGAAGACAGGAGAUACCAGUCACUGGCAAAACCCAUUAGUCCCUCCCACUGCGCGCUCUCCUAUCUUUUACCCUGUGAUGAGCACUGGAAAAGAGAAGAACUGAAAAUUUACUUGCUGCAAGCUCCCAUAUGGCAGUGGGAGGGCUCGCCAAUACAGCACAUGGGUGAGCCGGGAUACAUAUCUAUCGUCCAUGUCAUCAACAAACAGAGACAGGGACUCCAAGAAAGACUGAUGGUUCUCUUUCCUCGAGACCUCCUGCUACUGUCAGUAGACAACAAUCGUCUGAAUAUAAGAUAUGAGGGCAGGUUGCCCCGACACAGCAUCAAAGCGGUGGAGAGGUCAGCCCUGCCUGGGCGGCUGGAGUUUGAGCUGAUAGGUGAGCUGGUAGAGCCCCUGCGAGUCUCCUGUACCUGUCUGGAGGAUUAUCGGUACCUGAUUUUUCAAUUACAACAGCCGGACAGAAGCAGCCACAUUACUGUGAGUCACGCUGCACCUCCAAUCAUGCCAAAGCUGCAGAGGAGCAGGAAGGAGUCCCAGGAGCCCAUAAUAACAGGCGACCAAUGUCACAUCAAUGGACGCAGCUGACUCAUCCAAAUGAGGAAAAGCUUGACUGUAAUUAUAAAUAUGAAAUAAUGUGUAGAUAGUAUGUACAUAUUACUUGUAUGUCUAAUUGUGCCACAAAAUGAAGAUACAGCAGUAAGGAGGCUCUGAAAUAUUCUCACCACAUUUGAUUUUUUUGGGUGAUUUGACCCUCUGCGGGACUAAAAAGAUACUUAUAGUUUCCUUGUGUUUUGUCCAUGUGCAGACAAACAGAAACAGAGUCAUGACCCAGUUUAAGGCCAGAACACAGCUGAAGAAAUGUUAGAUGUAGCAAUUGUAGAGAUGUUUGACUUUUUCCACAAUAAACUGUUAAAAAUUCCA